AUGAGCUCUCUGGCGUUGUUCCCCCCUCCAUUGGCCUCCGGACUGACCACACUGUGCGAGUCCAACAAUGAGCUGCUCUCAGGAUCCACCACCGAGGACCGGCUGAAGCAGGUCUGAGCUCAAUCUGCUGCCAGUUAACAUUUGAACCAACUAGUGCUGGAAGAUCUCAUAUUGACCCGGUUUCCAGUUAGCUCAACUGUUGACUUGUAGUGUUUUGAGGUUGAGGGGCAAGGGUUCAAAUUCACUGAUGAUAUGACAUGAUGAUAUGUUUUCCAUCCCUGCAAACCAACAGAAUGAGUGUAAACAUAACUGUCUUGAUUGUAUAGCAUGCCAAAAAAAGUGGUCUCCUAUGGUCAACUUACCCCGUGUAUGGAAUAAGUUGACCAUAGGAGCGGGUUUAGUCUCUCCCUAAAUAACAGUCACUUCUUCACAUUCAUCUGUAUUUUUAUCUAUUAUAAACUCUUCAACUGGUACAAUAAUUCUUUUUAUCAUUAUUGCAUAUAACUGUUAAAAAGCCAUUUUAACAUGAGAAUAUCUUUAAGUGAUUCAGAACAUUCACAGCUAAGGUGGCAAAAUUCGAGGAAUAUUCAAAUUUGGAAACUUUCCAUGGGAAUAAAUCUGAAAUCUACAAAAUUGAAGGAUGGCUCUCAAAAGGGAACUUAAAUAUUAUAUGCCUAUUAGAUGCGUAUAACAUGGUUGUGUUUCCCGCAGGACUCAAGCCCCCUCAGUUUGUAUUUCCCAAGAGAGUCUCUGAAGCUCCACAGUCGCACAGAAAGCAGCAGCAAGGCAGCUUUCCUGGAUCAUUCAGAAACUCUAUGGAUGAGGAGCGCAGCAGCAUGGUAUGGCGUCUGAGGUCGACCACAUAAAAGAUUCAUAACUCCUAAAAACAUUUCAUCAGAAAACUUUAUACUGAACAGACAUUACCAUAAAUGAUGAAACUGUUUCACUAAGCUCUAAUAAAACUUCUUGAUGUUUUAUGAAAUAUAUCACUAUGCUCUGAGCUUAGGGUGCACUCACAAUUGUUUACAUAUACAGUCGUUUAUACAUGUGCUCUAAAUUCAUGAUCACUUGUCUCCGUGGAUUUUAGGCGGGAUGGUGGCUUCACAGGACUGCUCACUGAAAUUAAAAACUCACAUACAGAAGGUACAUAAUUUACUCAGCUCAUCAUGUCUAUUCUCUGAUGUGUGUACAUGCUUUGACCGUAACUCAUGGGUUUCUUGUAGUGCCAAAAUGGCUGUCAGUGAGCUCUGGUUGUAUCCUGGCUUUGCUCCAAAGAUUCUCCUCCUUUCAUGACUCCCUGUUUCCUCAUCUCACAGUGAGUUUUACCUUCUGGUUAACGCUUUACUGGUGUAAAAAAUAUGAUACACUUGAUCAUAAGAUGUUCAGUAUAUGUGCAUCACCUGUUUGUUAUUUAUUUCCCAUAGUUGAGCUGUGAAGACAUGAUUGCCGAGUUUUCACAGGUAUUGAAUUGGUAAGUAUCAAAGUUGGAAUGUGAAGUUUAUUGUCAGCCCCAAAGGGAAAUUAUUUUAAUUAGAGUUUUAAUCAUGAAUCAUUUUUGUCCCUCUUGCUUACCAAGGUCUGACUGUGUAGUGCGAGCGUUUGCAUGGCAUCCACACACAGAUAAGUUCGCUGUAGCCCUCCUGGAUGACUCCAUUAAGAUCUACAAUCCUAAAAGGUACUGUGACAAAAAAACUGAAGAUCUCCUUUUUCUGUCCUACUGAAAAGAUAACUGAUGAUACUAUAAAGCUUAAAAUUACAAUAAACUAAAGUAUUAUAUCGGAAGUUCCUUGUAUUGCUUCUAUUUACCUUCAUUGAAUCUUUAAAAAGGGAUUGUGAGAGUCACUUUUCAUGUUAAUUUGUGACACCUUUUUAACUUUGAUGUAGCAGUCAACCUUUUUUCUUCAAGCUGUAUAAGCAUGAUUCCUUGUUCUGUCUCAGUGCCACAACUCCCACCUUGAAGCAUCGCCUGCAGAGGAGUGUUGCAGCAGUGCAGUGGAAGCCACUGUGUGCGUCUGCCCUCGCUGUCGCUUGUCAAAACUGUUUACUGGUCUGGCAUGUGGACCCCUGCUCUCUGUCUACCAGGUAUGUAAACUCUGAUUUCUGCCAGGAUUGAUAUAGUUGUUGAACUUCUCUCAAAUUAAACCCUAGAGAGUUUUAACCGUUGGUGAAACUUGGUUUAUCAGUGGACCUGUUGAAUCUUCUUUCUCUCGACUCAUUCAGGCCUUCCUCCGGCUGUGCUCAAGUCCUGUCUCAUCCUGGUCACUCCCCCGUCACUUCCAUCGCCUGGUCUCCCAGCGGCUCUCUCCUCGUGUCUGCCUCACCCAUGGAUACUGCAAUGAUGGUACAAAGCAGACCCUGCAUGUUCUGAACAGAUGUGCUCGUGUGCUGCUGCUGCUAAGAUUUGCAUCGGUUUGUCUCUUAGGUUUGGGACGUCGCUUCUGAAAUCUGCGUGCCGCUACAGCGAGUCGGAGGAGGCGGUGUCACCUUCUUGUCCUGGUCCCCGGAUGGCAGUCAUGUCCUGGCCUCUACUCCGUCAGCCUUAUUCAGGUACGACAGGAAGUUUUACAAGAUCAACAGGCAAGAUAUGAAAGGCUGCCAAUUAUUUUUCAUAAUUAUUGUGUGCGGACUCAAAUCAGUAGUCUCGGUCUGUGUUAGGAUAAAAGCCCACUGACCUCUCAUGAAUAUUAACAAGCAUGUCAGAGAUUAAGGGUGUAGUGAGCAGUCGAGGAAGGGAUAAAGAUAAGGCAUGGAUGUGGACUUGAGUCAGUAAGUUUAAGUUUUUUCUUCAGGGUUUGGGAGACCAGAAUGUGGACCUGCGAACGCUGGCCAUGCGUCAAAGGCCGCUGCCAAGUGAGACCUUGUUUUAAACAUUUUGUUUAGUCAGUAAUGAUUUUUGUGGAUCAUGUAUUUAUUUAAUAAUAUGUUUUUCAGUCUGGCUGUUGGAGUCCAGAUGGGAGUCGACUUCUCUUCUCUGUGCAGGGAGAGAUGGUCAUCUAUGCUCUGAUAUUCACCAAUCCUUCAGGUCAGCUGCUUUUCUCAAUACAGCUAUUUUGUGCAUCUAGACGCCUGGGUGAAGAUGUCAAUUCAGCAUCAAAGGUGCUUCAAGACACAGUUUUAAAACUUGGAAAUGAGCCUGCUUUUUUUAAUCUUAUCAUUCAAAGCCCAUGUUUCUUUUUAUUUAAACAAUCUCUACUCGAAAUACAAAUCCUACAACCUGAAGUACCUCGGUAAAAACACAAUACGUGAUGUUUUUGAAUCACAUGUGUCCAAAAAAGCUGCUGUAUUCUCGCUACUAAAACUAUGAAAGCUGGAGUCCUUUUGUGAAGAUUUUCUUGCUUAACAAAAGUCAGAAGGGAUUUUCAACAGAACUCAUUUCUAGCAUUAAUCCAUCAAUCCAAUAUUGUUUUAGUAAGGGGACCAGGCUCAUGCUAACACCACCCCUGUUCAUUUAUUCAUUGUUGUUAUUAAUGAAGGAAUUGAUCUGUUUGUUGUGGUUGUUACUCAGCAGGAGUGUCUACCAGCACGUCUUCAGAAUCACAGGCAGCAGCAGUUGUGGCCGACCUAUCAGAGACAACCUUUAACACACCAGAUGGAAACAUCAUGUAAGAGCAGCAGAUUAAGAUGCAUAAUGUUUGUCUUUUAACCUUUUUAUUCAUUAAAAAACACAGAAAACCUUCACAUGGCUUACAUAAGUACCAUGCCUUGAAAUACAUUUUUAUGAAAUGAGUCUAAUCUUUCCGUCAGUGUCGGAGGCGAGAUUCAGUCUUUAGCCUGGGACCCAACAGGAGAGAGACUUGCAGUUCUUCUCAAAGGUUUUUUUUCUCUCUUUUUUCCUGCUCUCACACCAUAAACCCUGUCAGUGUUAACGUCAUGUUCCUCUUCUAAUCACUCAUCUGGGUUUCAGGUGAUUCUCAGGCAGCGGGCCGGCCUGCAGUCAUAGCUGUUUUUAAGACAAGAACCAGCCCUGUCUUUGAACUCCUACCAUGGUUAGUUCAUGUUUGAAUUUCUUGACUUUAAAGCUUUAUUAGAGAUCAAAAACAUGAUGAAUAUCACCAUUUGUACUGAGUGGUUCUUGUUUCCUGUGUUUUUAGCGGUUUUGUUCAAGGGGAGCCCGGUGCAGAGCCCAGAAUGAUGCAGUUCCACCCAAAUUUUGGGCAUGGAGCUCUUCUCACUGUGGUUAGUCCUACCUUAAAUAUGUCCUAAACAGAGUGAUAAAAUGUUUGUUUUUGUGUUAUUAGAGGUUUUCAGAGAUGUCAAACACUUACUAAGCUGUGGGUUGUACAUCUUUAAGCGGCUGCACCAAAUAAGGCCAUUACUGCUCACCAAGGUCACCAGGGAGCUCUUAUUAUGAUAACAGUCAAUUCUGAGUUCAGCAAAGUACAUAAUUUGGUAGCACACAGGCCUGAAUUAUACACAAGCUAUUUAUAUUAGGAUUAACUUUCCUGAACUGCAUGAAAUACUCAAAAUGGGAUGAUAAGUAAUCCUGGUCUUUUGUUUUCCUUAUUACCACGAUAUUUAGGAUUUCAGCACCAUAACCAAAUGUGUCCCGGUGAAUCCUACAGGAAACCAUCAUGACUUAAAGUUUUCUAAUCCAUCACCUUCAUGGUCUUAUUUGUCUCUGUGUUCUCAGUGUUGGUCCAGUGGAAGGAUAACUCAUGUACCUUUUUACUUCCUGAGUGCCGGCAUCCCUCAAUUCGGCCUCAGCGGCAGCCCAUCUGCGCCACGGCCUCAAGCAAGACCUGCAGACUUCGCCAAUCAGUCUCUUUUUACAGAGCACAUCUCUUAA